UGCAUUCAGUCAGUGCGCUCUCGGAGAUCGCCGCGAGUGGAGAAAAGUGCUGCGUGCUGCCAGCUGCUGCCGGCGAAACUAUGUCCGAACUCAACACUAUACUGUACGGCAUACUGACGUUUCUGGUCUUUGCCCCCUUUCUACAAUGGUUAAUCAAACGGGUCCAGCUAGCGCAAAUAAUCGACAAAAUACCGGGUCCGAAGGCUUAUCCACUGAUCGGAACGACGCAUAUAUUUUUUGGGAGGAAACGAGAUGAAAUUUUCUACAUCAUCGAUGAGCGUACGAAGCGCUACCCAAACAUCCACCGCAUCUGGACCGGAAUGCAGCCGGAGGUGCGAAUUACCAAAGCGGAAUACGUCGAGGCGAUAAUCGGUUCCAGCAAGCACAUCGAGAAGUCCAACGGAUAUCGGUUCCUGAUGGAUUGGCUUGGCGAAGGAUUGCUAACGUCGAAAGGUGAACGUUGGUUCAAGCACCGUAAGCUCAUAACACCCACCUUUCAUUUUCACAUCCUGGACGGAUUCUGCGAUGUGUUUGCCGAGCACGGGUCCAUACUGGCAGAACGCCUGGCAUCGUAUGCCGACACAGGAAAACCGGUCGAUGUGUUCCCAUUCAUCACCAAGGCGGCAUUGGACAUCAUAUGCGAAACGGCCAUGGGGGUGAAGGUCAACGCGCAGACGGAGGGCGAAAACGAAUACAUUCAGGCAAUCUAUGGCGUGAGCGAACUGUUCCUUUAUCGUCUGAUUCGACCAUGGCUUUACCCAAAGUUUAUUUUCGAAAUGACAAAGCAUGGGAAAAAAAACAAGGAAGUACUGAAUACCAUUCACACGUAUACGAAGAAGGUCAUACAGGACAGAAAGGAAGCCAUGCGACGGAAAGGGAGCGCAGCAGGAAACGGAACCGCACCGACAGAAAAUACCGACGACAACUUGGGUGUGAAGAAGCGGCUGGCUUUCCUCGAUCUGCUGCUGCAGGGAAAUGAAAACAAUAAUCAACUAACGGACGACGACGUACGCGAAGAGGUCGACACCUUUAUGUUUGAGGGCCACGACACCACAACUGCCGGCAUGAGCUGGGCGCUGUUUCUUCUCGGGUUGCAUCCGGACGUGCAGGAUAAAGUGCACCAGGAAAUUGAUUCGAUUUUCUCCGGCUCGGACCGGCCAGCCACCAUGCAAGACCUAAACGAGAUGAAACUGCUGGAGCGCUGCUUGAAGGAAACGCUUCGACUCUAUCCGUCCGUAUCGUUUUUCGGGCGCACGCUAAGCGAGGACGUUACGCUGGCCGGCUACCACAUCCCAGCCCGGACACUGAUCGGAAUCCAAGCAUAUCACGUACAUCGUGAUGAAAGGUUCUUCCCGGAUCCGGAGAAAUUUGAUCCUGAUCGCUUUCUACCGGAAAACUCGGAAAAUCGUCACCCGUUCGCGUACAUCCCAUUCAGUGCCGGUCCACGCAACUGCAUCGGCCAAAAAUUCGCCCUACUAGAGGAGAAGAGUGUCAUCUCCUCGAUACUCCGCAAGUUCCAGGUGCGGUCGGCAAAAACUCGAGAAGAGCAAAGAAUCAAUCACGAGCUCAUCACCCGACCGAAAGACGGCAUCCAGUUGUAUCUGGAGAAGCGCUAGUACUAAAAGCAGUGGCAGUACCUUCGGAUGGCCCAAAUUAAUACUAAAAUAAUGUUAUAUUCUUCUACAGUAAUUUCCGCUGAUCGUAAGUUGCUACUAAUCAUACUAAAUUUUAAAAACCACGGAGUUUUGGUGCUAAGUCUAAAUUUAAGAAUAUACUGCGUAUGCAAAUUUUAUUUUAAAAUUCUAUGAAUAAAAAACUUAACUUUUCUUAAGACUGAAAGUGAAAUUAACCCGAGUGUAGCAUAGAAUUCCUCCUAAUCACUGAAAAAUCAUUAGAAUAAUGGUUCAAGUCAAACAAAAAUGUCCGCGAAAGACCAGAAGAGAUAAGACAAAAAGACAAGCUUUGCUCAAGGGGUAUAUCUUUUUAGUCUUCAAAAAACCUAAUAAAAGUUUAUUGCAUUAUCUUCAAAUACAACAUCUUGAAAACAUUUUCACAAAUUUUCAUAAAGAUCUGAGCAAUAGAAAGAAAGUUAGAGCGAUUUGCAGCGCGCCUCGCCUGCAGCUAAACUUGAAACUUUACACGCGAUUAUUUCGGAAUAGUGUUUUCCGCAAAAUGACUUUGCCGUGAUCCUGAUUGCGGGAAAACUACUGAACCAAUUUUUUUCUUCUUUUUUUUUUAAUUUUCGUAUUUAAAUUCACCGGUCCUUGAACGAUCGCUUUUUGAAACAUACAGUUACAUUUUGCCGCAGAAAAAAUUUUAAUGUAAUUUUUAGUGCUCAAAACGUGCAUUUUUUGGGCAAAAACGUUCCCGUUUGCACUGAAAACAGUACUUUGUACUUUCAGAAAAAUACCACUUUGAUGCAAUGAAAAUGGUGCUAUGCACUUGAAAAUAAAUUCAAACUUCCCUCAUUUUUCUCUACCAAAAAGGUACAUAACCCCUUUAAAGCGAAAAUUGAAACUAAUUACAAUUAAAGCUUCGAAGUGCUGGAAAUGUUUCCGAAUGCAGAAAGUGAUCCGAAAUCAGACACAAGGUAGCAUGAAACGCUUUAUAGUACAAAAAAAAUUCCUGAUGCAUGGAAAAAAUCGAUAAUGGUCUUAAGGAGUUAUAUACCUUUUUAGUUUUCGAAAAAUCUAAAAAAAAAAUUUAUUGCAUUAUCUCAAAGUACAACAUCUUGCGACCAUUUUCACAAGUUUUCAUUAAGACCUGAGCAAUGGGGAGAAAGUAAGAGCGAUUUGAGCGCCCCUCGCCACGGCUGCAUAAGCUAAACUUGAAACUUUAUACACGUUUAUCUUGGAAUGAUGUUUUUCAAAAAUGACUUUGCCGUGUUGACGAUUGCGGUGAAACUACUGAACCGAUUCUCUUCAUCUUUUUUUUUUAAAUGUUCGUUAUCAAAUUCCUCGGUCGUUGAACGAUCGAUUUUUUAUACACGAACAAAAAAAUUUUAUGCAAUUUUCAGCGACGCACUAAAAAUUAAAUACUUUGCACUAAAAAUUGAAUACUUUUAAAAACGGUCGUCAAGACACCCGGAACACUUCUAAACUAACGGAAUAAUAUGAGUUUUCUGAUUUCAGUUCAUCUGCUGCGUAAACACCACCGCAUCGUAAACACCCCAAACCUCUGCCAAAAAAAGCGUUUCGGGGAAACGGCCAUUGCUCCCCAAAUAAAUGGUAUUUCUUAUAAACAAACGUGUGUUGUUGUUGUUGAAUAACUAACUUUCCAGAAAACUACUACUCUUAUGCAAUGAAAAAGGUGCUACUCGCUUAAAAUAAAUUCAAAACUCUGCACAUUUUUCUCAAGCAAAAAGGUAUAUAACUCCCUAAUUUAAAUAAAAACAAAAACUCACAAAAAAACCUUUCAUGGAAGAAAAAGACGGAAAAUAAUAUGACAAAAAAUCAGAUGUAAAUUUGAUGGAAAGGCUUCGGAAGACUAAGAAAACCAACUUAGGAAAUAAGUAUAAACAAGAAGGAGCCUUAUAAACCCAAAACUUUUAAAUUGCAAGUGAUUCCAAAUUAGAAAUUAACUCGAUGCAUUCUAAAGGCCACAAACUGAUGAAAUUGGAUCAAUAAAAAACUGAUAACCAGGUAACCAGAGCAGAGAACAAAAUCAAGUAGAACUGAAACACGUUUCUGUUGGCCUUUAAGAUUCAAAUUUAAAAUUCCUAAGCUGAAAACUAAAAAAAAAUUUAAGAGCUAUAAAAAGAGAAAAGUUCCUGAAUAGGACUAUAAUAUGCACCCAAAAGAGAUGUAAAAUGUGAAACUGUAAACUGUACUACACUUUAAAUCUCUGAAACGAUGUUAUGCAGAAAGCGAUAAAACAAAAUUGUCACCUGAAAACCUGCCAAACCAAAUAGCAGAAGAGUAGAACUGAAUGAGGUUGUUUGCUACAUUAGUUGUAUUGAAUGUUUUUAAAAUGUAGUACAAAAGUGGGUUUAAGGUGUACCGAAUUUCAAUUUGCACAUGGAAUGGAACAAACACUAGACGGCGCGAACAAGUUUAAACAGCCAGAGUUCAUGCAGGUUAUUUUAAACUUUGAUAUUUCACUUUUAAUUCAAGCAAAAAACGAGAAACAAUUAAAUCUUUAAUUCAUUUGUGUGGUCGUCCUCAAAAGGACAGUUUGCUGUUCGAUUUCAAAUCGGAUUGAAUGUUGGAUGAAAUCGGACUGCACCUCUGUGCUACCCCGGCAGCGAGAGAUAUGGUGAAUUUGCGUAUGACGAAGACAUCAAAUCAUCUGUUUAAUAGGAUGGGAGAAAGCAAAAUAUUUCAAAAUCUUGUAAACAUUUGAUUAAAAAAAUAUUAUCAAAUCGCAAUGAGGCACUCUGAUAACAAUGUGGAAGACUGUUUUCACAUUUGCCAGAAUACGGCAGAGAUUUACACUGGAGUAAGUACCGCUGGUGCUGCCACUACCAUACAAAGGCUGCUGUUUACUAGAGGAAGAGCCCCUGCACCUAUCACUGCCGCUGCUACUUAGUUAGAACCAUCCUACCCAAGUAACACACGUUGUUAUAGAAUAGAUGACGUUACCUAUUCCAUGACAUUUCUAUCACCAGAAAAGCGCAAAAAUUUAAGGCUACUAGAAGUAGUACCGAUACUAUAUGAAGUAUUACAUACUGCAUGAAAGCAAGCUAAAUGAAGUGGCAAAAUACAUCUCGAGUACUAAUACGGCAAUGCACAAAUCUGUUGCUAUGACAACUGUUAACCAGCGCAUGCACAAAUAUGUUGUUAUGCGCAGUGCAACUAAAUCGUCAAUCGUUUUUAUCAGUCGCAGUUUCAAUUGAUUGUAAAUUGAUGAUAAAAAAAAAUAUUCAACCUUUAGAACUAAGUUGUUUCUUUCGCUUGAAUAUUAUAAAUUGUUUUCGCAUAGUUCAACGUUAUCUCAUAGUAUCAACAUUUUACAAAACUAGAAAACGUUGAUAGAUAUACGAUAACAAAAGUUGGAAUGAUAGUUAUUGGAUACAUUGCAAGCGGUUUGUUUAACUUCUGAUGGCUCAUUUUGACCCGCUUCGAAUAAAUAUAGAAAUAAUUGAAAUAAUUAAAAUAUUAACUUGAUCAAAUAAUUUUACGUUGGCUGUUGAAUGCUACGACCCUUGUACUAAGGAAAAACACUUUACAGGUACGUAGUGUUGUUAUUAGAUGGUUUAAUGCCUUACGAAAAGACAUAGUGAGGAUACUGUUAUUGUUGAACUCAUGCUAUUGAAAACAUCUCCAAAACCAGAAAAAAGGGGCUUGUUUUAGAAAUUCUGUUGUAUUUCUGAUGUAAAGCAACUUCGAACACAAUCUAAUAACACAAGUUUUCAAUUGGGUUGAUUAGCUAUAUCAGUUUUUCACAUCACCUGAAAGAUCUGCAUUUCCUAGAUAAAACGUGAUUUUCAAAAAUUUUAUAGCGUUGUCCUUCGGUUUUUAAAUCACAAAUUAAAACUACUUGAAAUCCGCUCGAAAUCGCUACAAUGACAGUUCGCCCAAGAACCAACUAUCAUUCAAACGAUUUAAAGCGAUUUUUAUUCUUCAUUUAAAAAUCUGAAGACAAUAAUAUGAAAUUUUUAAAAAUACGUUUUACUCAGAAAAUUACACUCUUUCAGUUGAUAUAUUAAAAUCAGAAAUCCGUGAAUAGCUAAACAACCCGAUUGUGCUUGUAGUACACCUAUAUGACUACUUUCGAGAUUACUUAUAUUCAAACAUGUUUUGUGUGUUACUUGGGUAGUGGCCAUCCACUAGUAAAAUGAUUGGUUUGAGCAGAAGCAGUUUCUAAUAUAGCCCAAGCACAUUCCCGAUCAACUAGGUAGAUAAUACUUACCGAAAUCAAGAAAAAAGUUUUAAGGUACCGAAAUCAUGAAAAACCAAUAUACACCACAACUAUUUUUAAAGUCUAUUAAUGUUGAAACAGAAAAUAAUCCCAAAAAUAAAAUCAAUUAUGAAGUAAAAAUAAAUGUAGGAGAGUGGCGAGUGGGGAGUGUGACGUCACAUGAAAUAUGUUUAGAAAUUUAACAAAAAUUAAUUGGAAAAACUUUACUUCUUGUUCGUAUCCCUUUUAUUUAAAACUUUCCUGUGGGAGAGAUUAUUGCCAACGCCAAUACUAGUUCCUGAUUAAUUGAUGCGGUGCAAAAUUCAAUUAACCCGCUGGAGGAAAGGAAAGAGUCAUAAUUUGCGUCAGCCUCACCGGUAAUUGAAACAGUCAUCAGUUUCAUUUUAAAUGAACUAAUCAACACCAACAGACGGGAAAGAAUCUUGUAAUCAACGAUACCAGAUAUUUUCAAAAAUUGUCUGUAGCUUGUCAACUGUCAAAGCUCUGUCAAAAUCUGCAUAUCUAGUAUCCCUGCUUUUAAUCAAACCCGCAGAAAUAUUCAUCGUGAGUUCAUGACAGUAACCGAAACGAAUCAAAUAAAAAUGAAACUGUUAGAAUCAAAAUGACUGCGCGAAAUAAUAA